UCAACAGCAUGAACACAGGUUCGGAACUCUAAUUAACUCUAGGAAAAGUCUCCAAAAGACGGUAGGAAGGGCCACUCAACUUUUAGAAGUCAUAUUAAGAAUGCCUACGGCAACGAAAGCGAAAGCAUUAAGUCAUCCCUCAGCCAUAGGAAGAGCAAGAGAGGAUCCCACCACCAAAGUGUUGAGCCUAUUAUGAGAAAUGAGAGUCUCGAUGCCUCCAUAAAGUUCCCUGUAGUGGGCCUUCCCAAGCUUAAAGCUGCCCAACUUGAUCAAAAUAACGAAAUGAAACUAAACCCAUUUAUUCUUCCGAAAAGAUCGGAGCUAAUGCUGAUCCAUAAUGAAAGAAUGAGAAUACAGGAACAAAUGACUCGUGAGAAGAUGAAGAAUGUCUUCAGCAUUCAUGAAAAGGGCACCUCAAACUUCAGAAACAGAGAAGGGGUCAUCAGAGAGAUUCAUUCAAUCAAACCUAUUGACGAACAGCCUGGAUUCCACCACAACUUAACAGCUAAGAAAAACCUUAAGAGGUAUUCCCAAGCUAUGGCGAUGGGUAGUGAGAAGCUAAACAUCUUCGAAACUGAUCCUGAUGAGCUUGAAGACCGACUCAACGUGAUCAAGCAAGAGAAUACUCUUGCACAGCAUAGCCAGUCAGUGGCGCCUAAAGAGGCUCAAACACUUGAUGUAGCGAACAUGCCAUCCAAGAAGAGUGCCCACAUGGCUUAUCUGCAAGAUAAGAUAAAGCAGAAAGAGUCCAGAAAAGAUUUUGUAAAUCAAUCAAGGGACCUCCUUUUCCUUGAAAUCUCCAUUAGAAACAAAAAGGAAGAGACUGAGAAACUUAAAGAGUUCAUCGUCACUGAGAAUGAGAAACUUCUUGAGGCAAAGAACUCCUUCAAAGAGGACAGGGACAAAUUCCAGAAAUAUGUAGAGCAACUCGCUCUCGAAGCUGAAAAAGCCUCUAGAAAGACAGGCAAACUUGAAGAGAUCAAGUCUCAAAAAUAACAAGAUCACUGAAGAGCUCUCAGAGAUUAACAGAGAGAUCAGUAAAGUUGAUGAUGAACUCAAAGUAGCUAUCGAGCACAGAGAGUUCAUUCUAGACCUGUCCAAACUCCUCAAUGUAGCAGGCAAGAAUAGGAAGAAACAAAAGAGAGAUGAUAAGAUCUCUGAAUCAGACACAGACUUCUUCAUCACGAAGCAGGAGGAGGUCAGCCAAACACCUUCUCAGGAUAUAUAAAUUACUGGCUAUUCUAAGCUCAAAAUUA